AUGACAGUGGAGAUGCAUCCUGGUUUGGGACCAGUGUUUCCAAAACCCCUUCAAAACCCUUCAGAAAUAGAUCAAUUACAAGAAGGUGGAGCCAUAUCACGAUUAACUUAUGUGGGUGAAGCUAUUACUUUAACAAGGCACAAAAUAGAAGGAAAGGUGCCUUUAAUUGGAUUCACAGGGGCACCAUUUACUUUAAUGGGAUACAUGAUUGAAGGAGGAGGAAGUAAAACAAUGUCUAAGACUAAAGACUGGCUUGAAAAGUACCCCAAAGAUGUACAUAGACUUCUCAGUUUACUAACAAGGGUUAUCAUAGAUUACCUUGUAAUGCAGGUUGAAAGUGGUGCUCAAUUGCUACAAGUCUUUGAAUCCAGUGCAGAUCACCUAACAAGAGAACAAUUUAUAGAACUGUCUAUACCAUACCUAAGAAAUAUAAGAUCUGGUGUUCAAAAAAAACUUGAAGUGAAGAAUUUGGAACAAGUUCCUAUGACAGUUUUUGCUAAAGGAGGAGGACAUUCUUUAGAUGUACAAGCAGAAUUAGGAUAUGAAGUAAUUGGAUUAGACUGGACAAUGGACCCAAUUGAAGCAAGAAAAAUAGUUGGUGACAAGGUUACUUUACAGGGAAAUCUUGACCCUCAGGAUUUAUAUAAGACUCCAGAAGAAAUCAAAUCCAUGACAAUAGAUAUGGUGCGAAAAUUCGGUAAACAUAGAUAUAUAGCAAACUUGGGACAUGGAAUAACACCACAAACUCCAUUAGAAAGCAUGACAGCAUUUACUGAAGCAGUACAUGAGGCAAUA